ACGAUCCCUGAAAUUCAGCUUCCGCUAUUUCCGUUUUCUGACUCGGUAAGUGUUUGAAUUUUUUUUGGUUUGAUAACCAAUUGUUUGGACAAUUAAUUAGUGUUUUUUAAUUUAAUUCUGUGGUGUUUUUGGUUAAUUAAUUUAAGUAUUUUCCUCUAAAGUUUCCACAAUGAGUGAUAAGAAGGAAAAGAAACCUAAAGCCGCUCUCCCCGUACAAGCUGAGGUUAAACCAAAAGAUGACAAGGAGAAAAAGGUUAAGAAAAUUGUGAAAAAACGUGUAGCAGCCAAACCCGGUCGCCUCUACGUCAAAGCUGUUUUCCUUGGAUUCAAAAGAAGCCUUCGUAAUCAACGUGAACAUACCUCAUUGUUGAGAAUUGAUGGUGUUACCAAGAGAAAAGAAGCCAGAUUCUAUGUUGGUAAACGGUGUUGUUUCAUGUACCAAGCUAAGAACAGGACAACCGUUCCCUUAAGAAAAGGAAAAUACACAAAGGUUAGAUGUAUCUGGGGAAAAGUCACCCGAGAGCAUGGUAACUCUGGAGUUGUUCGUGCUAAAUUCAAGAAGAAUUUACCAGCUAAGGCUAUGGGAAGACGUAUCAGAAUUAUGCUUUGGCCAAGUUUAAUCUAGACUUUGAUUAAUUUUCUUGAUGAACCUCUAUAAAUUAAAGCUUUGCUUAAUUGUAAA